CACACGACCAGAUGCGAGCGAUGCUCGAUCAAUUAAUGGGAACAGGUCGAAAUGGUGAAAAUAACAAAUUUCAAGUGAAAUACUCCGAUCCGAAGGUCUGCAAGAGUUUUCUCCUGGCAUGCUGUCCACACGAGAUACUUUCUUCAACGUUCUAUUUCCAGAGUCUCUGGAAAAAGCAAAGUCAAUCUGAUCCAUUGUACAAUAUUGUUGCGAGUAUUGUCCGCUCAUAUGUCGUGUUGUACUUGUCACUCUCACAUGCGCGUUACUGUAAGUACUGAAAGCGAAAAGGACGUACGUAUUACAUAUACAAUUUGAUUAUUAUUACAUAAUUAAAGUAUUAGGUGUUAAUUUGAUUGACAAAAAAAUAUGGUAAGCGGCUGUCUCAGCCUCUCUACCACUCUAUAUGGUGGUGAGGCUGAGUACCGCAUUUAAUAUUCCCAGACCCUGAAAGGCGUGUAAGUUGGUGAGUAGCAUCAUGCUGAUUCAUGCGAUGAUGUCUUACAGUCGCUUCUUACUAACAAUGCCAUUUAUGGCAGGUAGAAAAUGAAGUUUAUUUUAAGUAUAUACAUAUAUGAAAAACCAACCUUGGAAUUAUGGGUACAGGAAAUGAAGCACUGAUCUGUAAGUAAGACUUGCUAAUUGCCAUGAAAACAUAAAAUAGUAUAUUUUCUUGGAUUUUAGCUCUCAAAUGUAAUUGACUUCACUAUAUAAUCUAAUGUACUUUAACUUAUUAUUAUACAAUCAAAAAAUCAGGCAAAAUCAUUUUUCUUUUACUUUCUUUUUUUUAUUUAUUUUUUUUUAUUUUAUUUUUUAUGAGUAAUUUAAAAGUUAUACAUUAAUUUUUUUUCUAUAAAACUGUAGAAUGACGCAAUUAAUUGAAUACAUGUGUAUGUUUAUAAGGGAUAUUUAGUGUUGAAUUUCAGGUCUCUAUAUUUAUGAUCGGUUUAAUUAAUAAUUAAAAUAAUUGUAAGAGUACAGACAUCAUUAAUAUGAACCUAAUAGAAAAAAAUAUAUAUAUGUAUAUAUGUAUAUAUAUAUAUUGAUGUAUAUGUAAUAAUUAACGUAUAAAAACCUUCCUUUUAUCAUAAAUUCAAUGUGGGAAUAAUAAGAUAUUGGCAAUUUGCAAAACAUAAAAUGUCCACAAGAAAAAGUGAGAGAUGGCAUGAAGCAGAGACAAUAUUAAGCGGAAUUAUACAACGUGCCAGUUCCAUUAGCAAAAUUCCCCUCAGCAUUGGAUGUACGUAUUCAACUCGAUUUUCUAAAUCGUUUAGCAGUCUCGCAAGGCAGUUCGUGCCGUACGUAAAUAGUGUAAUAUACUAUUAGGAUAUAAGUUCUUUCAUAGAAAUGAACAUGUGAACUGAAGGUGUAUGCUGAUUGUAGCGUCAUUGUCAUCGCAUUGUCGUGUCAGGCGGAGAGGUGUUACCACUCUCGCAUGGACCUGGGAGAAUGCCCCCAGAUUCACGACUUGGCCCUACGGGCUGACUAUGAGGCAGCACAAAAGAAGAAGGAUCAUUUUUAUGAUAUCGAUGCUAUGGAACAUCUACAAAAUUUUAUCGCGGACUGCGAUCGUCGUACUGAACAAGCAAAACAACGUCUCGCAGAAACACAAGAAGAAUUAAGUGCAGAGGUUGCAGCAAAAGCAAACAAUGUACAUGUUCUUGCCGAAGAGAUUGGUAAGAAAUUAGCUAAGGCUGAACAGCUAGGGGAAGAAGGUUUUGUUGAGGAAUCUAUGAAGCUGAUGGGUGAGAUCGAUGAACUACGUAAGAAAAAGAAUGAAGCUGAGCAAGAAUAUCGAAAUAGUAUGCCAGCGUCGAGUUAUCAGCAACAAAAAUUGAGAGUGUGUGAAGUGUGUAGCGCAUAUCUUGGUAUUCAUGAUAAUGAUAGAAGAUUGGCUGAUCAUUUUGGUGGAAAGUUACAUCUUGGUUUUAUUAAAAUCAGAGAAAAGCUGGCAGAAUUACAGAAGACAGUUGAGGAAAGACGUAAGGAAAAACGUGACUCGUUAUUAGACAGACGACGAGAUAGAGAUAGAGAGGAUCGUGACAAAGAUCGUGAUAGAUCGGAUAGGGGACGUGGUUUGGGAUAUAAAGAAAGAGAUCGUGAUCGUGAUCGAGAUCGCGACCGUGAACGUGAUCGUGAUCGAGACCGUGACCGUGAUCGUGAACGCGACCGUGAUCGCGACCGUGAACGCGAUCGUGACCGAGAUCGUGAUCGCGACCGUGAUCGUGAUCGUGAACGCGACCGUGACCGUGACCGUGAUCGUGAUCGCAGAGAUAGAGAUAGAGAUAGAGACAGAAGGAAGUCACGAUCUCGAAGUCGUAGUCGAGGGAAGAGAUCGAAACGUUCGCGAAGUGGCAGUCGUGGCCGUCGAUCUCGAUCUCGACGCAGUGGAUCGAACGAUCGGAAGAGAUAAAACUCGAUGAUAUAUAUAUACAAACAUAUUAUAUAUAUAUAUGUGUGUGUGUGUAUAUAUAUCAGACAAACAUAUAAAUAGAUAUAUAAUAAUGUUUAAUGAUUUACGUUAAGACAGUAUUUUCUUUUCUUUUCUUUUCUUUUCUUUUUUUUUUCUCUUUUUUUUUCUUUCUUUUCCUUUUCUUCCUUUUUUUUUCAUAUAUACGUAGAUUUUUCAAGAUUAUGUGUAAAAUAAAUUAACGAACAUAAAUAAAUAAAUUAAUCAAAUAAGUCAUAUAUUAAAUAUUGAUAAAUGAGAUGUGAUCCAUUUCGGAUAUGAAUGUACGAAGAAGCAUUUGUAUAUCACUUAUAUAGUUUCAUUAAUAUUACAAUCGGCAUAUUCGUGCCACGAUCUGCUUCUGUUUCUUAAUAGGAAACUAUUAAAGAUUUUAUAUAUAUAUAUAUAUAUAUAUAUAUAUAUAUAUAUAUAUAAAAUUAUUUAUAUAUAUAUAAAUUAGAAACUGCAAACUAUUAUAUAUUUUUCAUUUUUACCCGGUUAUAUUAGUACACAUAUAUAUAUAAUUAUACUUUUAAAUUAGUUACUUUAGUCCAUUGUAAAUAAAUAAAUUUUAAGCAUCAUUCAAUAUACAUCUUAGAUCUUCUCUGUGUUUUAUAUAUAUAUAUAUAUAUGUAUGUAUGUAUAUGUAUGUAUGUAUGUAUAUGUUUGCACGUAUCUAUAUUAAACAAGCAUAGUCAUUAUCCUGAUUUAAUGAUACCACAUGUAAGAAAGAUAUCAUAUUAUUAUUCUGUUAAUUAAACAAAUUUCGAAAUUAUAAAAAAAAAUUACAUUAUUUUUUACCAAUUGCUGGUACUAUCAUUGCUUCUCAAUAUAAUAUUAUGAAGGGAAUGAGAGAACUAUUAUGGUGGUUAAUAAACUUAAAUGAAAAUGUAAUAACUGAAUUACUAUACAGAUGGUAAAAUGGAUGAAUGAAAAUUAAAAUUUAAAAAAAAUUACUUUGUUACAAAUUGUAUUAUAACAACGAGUCUCAUACACAAAAAUUAAGUCUUCAGUAAACAAAUGUAGCUCCCAGUUUUAUAUAUAGACUUCUGAAAAUUCUAAUGUCAUUCGCAUCAUGAUGACAGAGAAAUUAUAUAAUGCCAUAAGCUUUUCAUAUUAUUUAGAUUUUAAAGUUGAACGAAAGACAACAAAAUUUGCAAAAUAGAAGAGAUAAGCAAAAUGCAAGAUUAUAUUCUUAUAAAUCUCAUAUUUUUCUUUGUCGAAUAAUAAAUUGACGUUGCCAAACAAA